AUGAGUUUCAGUUCUUGUAGUAGCAAGGACUUGGAAGACAGGGACAAUCGCGGAGCUGCUGGGCAAAAUGACGGUGCUUACAGGUCACGGAGGCUGUCGGAGCGGUUAAAACGCAUGGGCCUAAUUCUUUUAUCCUCGGAAGCUAACACGGACGAACUGACCAGUCUUUUGUGGUUAGGGAUUCCUAACCACAGUCCCCUAUUUUACAGGGCAGACUCGUGGAGAAUUGUUCUGGGCUAUCUACACCCCGUUAAAUCGCUGCGAAAUCAGACUCUUUCACGGAAAAGGAACGAGUACUUUGAAAUGUGUUCAAAAGAGUACAUGAAACCCUCAUACACCGAGACUGAAUUGAACCUGCUCAAACAGAUCAGGGUUGACUUGCCGAGGACGAACCCCUCCUUCAAGAUUUUUAAGGAUAAGAGGCUUCAGGACUGCAUGGAGCGCGUCCUCUUUGUAUGGAGCGUCAGGAACCCGCAGAGCGGCUACGUCCAGGGAAUUAAUGACCUUCUCACUCUGUUCGUGAUUGUUUUUCUACGCCCGUACAUUAACAAGUUCAAGUUUACCAUUGAGGAUUUAUCUUUUCUAACUGAUGAGCACCUUAGAGAAGUUGAGGCUGACUCGUUCUACUGCCUCUCAGAAAUUCUAUCGCAACUACUUGACAACUAUACUGAAAAUCAACCAGGUGUGUACCGUUCGUUGAAGCGUCUUUGUGACCUUGUUAGGAGAAUUGACAAUGAGCUCUACCGGCACCUCGAGGACGUUAACGUCGACUUUAUGCAGUUUCCCUUUCGCUGGAUGAAUUGCAUGCUAAUUCGUGAGAUUCCUACUGACUGUUCCAUACGGCUUUGGGACACUUACAUUUCCGAGAUAAGGAACGGCAUGGUUACCUUCCACGAGUACGUUUCCGCCGCCUUUCUGUCCUGCUGGUCUGAGCAGCUCAUGUCGAUGGACUAUCAGCACUGCCUUCUCUUCCUCCAGCAACUUCCCACUUCCAACUGGACUGUGAAGGACAUAGACACCCUCAUUUCCAAGGCCUUUGUGCUAAAAUCGGCAUUUCACAAUUCACCUAGUCAUCUAAUGUAA